AUGUGGGAACGGAACUGCUUGGACCACGAGCCGCGAACAGCUCAGCAGCGGAAACAGGUGGGUGGUGGUGGCCCGUGUUCUGAGGGAACCAAUUGCCCUGGAUCCAAUCAACUUGAGUUGCUUCCCGGCUUCUUCUCCAGCACAGAAAAUCCCGGUUCUGUUUUCAGGUGCUAUGGCGAUGAAUCGAGGUGCUCAGGCGGCCCUCCUGGAAGCUGCGUUUCAGGGCGUGACAAUCGCAGCUUAGCUUGCGGGGCCUGUUUGGAGGGCUUGCGCGCCGCUGGCGCAAGCUGUGAGGAGUGUGGCGACGGGGACUACAUCCUCUCCGUUCUAACCGGUUUGGUGAUACUUCUUGGAACGGGAUGUCUCCACUUCAUGCUGCUACGGCAGGACAAGGAGCACUACAUCCAGACUCAAACGCAAGCUGGCCUCCUAAACGCUUCCGUCUUUGCCAGCCAGUUGGUGGUCUGCCUGCAGUUGGUGGUCGUGAUCCAGAAGCUUGACAUUGCGUGGGGUGUUCCCUUCCUUCAGAUGUUGCAAUCAUUGAGCAUCUUGUCAUUGGAAGAGUUUCUAAGAGCCUUCUUCGCUUUUUCCUGCGUCGCGACGUUGCCUGCGACAACACAGUUCCUGGUCCAGACUGUGAUGCUGCCCGCAUCGCUGCUGCUUGGGCCUGUGUUGGUUCACUUGGGCUGUGCCUUGGCAUGGCGCAGAGAGGGCUUGCAAUUGAAUGUUUUCUUCCGAAUGGUGGGUUCGCUGGCGCUACUCUUCUUCAUUGUGCUCUGCACAGCAGCUCUAGAACCGUUCCAAUGCCAGCCACACCCAAACGGAUCGUCAACCAUCGCAUCAGGCAUCAGUGCUCUUUGCAACUUUACCGAUGAUCAUCUGGAUUUGUGUUUGAUUGGAGGAAUCCUAUCCCUUCUGCCAGUAGGCUUUCUGACGCUGGCCUUCUGGGCCAUCCUGCUCCAGUUCCCACGACGUCUUCUAGCCGGGGACCAGCGUUUUGUGCGCCUUUUCUCAUUCUUGAUUUUGCGCUUCCGGCCAAGUUGCGAGGGCUUUGCCGUCUUUGUCAUGGCCCGCAACUUGAUGUUUGCGAUCGCACCGGUGCUGCCCACCCCUGGUCUUAGCUUGCUAUUGAUUCAGUCACUGCUGUUUCUCACUACAACUGUUGUGGCAAUCUACAAGCCCUGGCGUCUCCCUUCAGCGGCCUAUACGGACAUGGUGCUUUGCUCGGUCUUCUUGCUGGUGGUCCUUCAGGGCUCCUUCUUGAUGAAGGGUCUUCCCCAAGAUUCGAUGGAUGCCACGCAAGCAUCCAUGAUUCUGCUGAGCGUGGCAAUGAUCUUGCUGCUGCUAGUCCUGGCAGGGGUCUCACUUGCUUUGCUGGCGUUGCACGCUCGGAGGAGGUACAAGAAGCAGUUUGAUUUCUUCCUGUCCCAUCACAAGCGGUCUGCAGGCAGCCUCGCCAGGCUGAUGAAAAUGGAGCUUAGACUGUCUGGCUGCACAUUUUUUUGGAUGCUGACAACCUCGCAGACCUCAC